AAAGUCAAAGUCUUCCAUCUAUCUCUCCCUGUCCAAACAGUCUCUGGUCUCAGUCUCUCCACCUCCAUUAAAACCUUCAAUCAAAUGCUUCAUCAUCAACUAAAAACUCCAUCUUAACUUCACAUUUCUACAAACCCACCAAAAUUAUGAGAACCCCAUUAACAUAUCUCCUCCUAGCUUCAUUUCUCGCCGGAAUUUUCGCCGCCGACAUCCUGCCCGGAGACUCCAUUUCCGCCGGAGACACCACCAAGACAUGGACCUCGCCCAACAACACUUUCACUCUCUCCUUCAUAGCUAACAGUGCUUCACCCAACACUUUUUUGGCUGCCAUUACUUUCAACAAUAUUCAAAUCUGGUCCGCCGGAGCUGCCGCCGUUGACUCAACUGCUACUUUGACUUUGCUUAGGUCCGGAAAUCUGCAGCUGGUCAAUGGAAGCUCAAACGGUGUCGUUUGGCAGUCGAAUACUUCCCGUCUUGGUGUUUCGAAAGCUAGUGUUGAAGAUACAGGUGAACUUGUACUUAAAAAUGGAAGUGAUAAAGUUGUUUGGAGUAGUUUUGAUAAUCCUACUGAUACUAUCAUGCCUGGUCAGAAUUUUACUGUUAAACAUGAAUUGAGAAAUGGGUUGUAUUCAUUUAAGCUUCUUGAUAAUGGGAACUUGACUUUGUUGUGGAAUAGGAGUACUAUGUAUUAUAAUUCAGGGUUGAAUUCUUCGGCUAGUAUUAAUUUGACAUCGCCUAGUUUACGCUUGGAAUCUAUUGGGAUUUUGUCAUUGUUUGAUCCGAAGAUUGUGGGGUCUGUUAUUGUGGCUUAUAGUAGUGAUUACGCUGAGGCGGGUCAACAAAGGUAUGUGAAGUUGGAUGAUGAUGGUAAUUUGAAGAUUUUUAGUGCCGCGGGAGGUACUGCGACACAGAGGUGGGUUGCUGUUAGCGAUAUUUGUCAGAUUUACGGGUAUUGUGGGAGAUUAGGGAUAUGUAGUUACAAUGGUUCGGAAUCUAAACCGGUUUGUGGGUGUCCGUCUAGGAAUUUUGAUCCGAUUGAUCCGAAAGAUGGGAGGAAAGGUUGUAAGAGGAAAGUGGAAAUUAGUGAUUGCCCUGGGAAUGCGACAAUGUUGCAACUGGAUCACACGAGAUUCUUGACAUAUACGCCUGAAUUGUCUUCGCAAGUUUUUUUUGUGGGGAUUUCUGCUUGUAGGUUGAAUUGUCUUGUUGGUCCGGCUUGUGGUGCUUCAACAUCAUUGGCGGAUGGUACGGGGUUGUGUUACUUGAAGAAUCCGGAUUAUUAUAGUGGGUAUCAGUCUCCUGCACUUCCUAGCACGUCAUAUGUUAAGGUUUGCGGACCUGCUCAACCAAAUCCAACACCGGCUUCACUCAGUGACAAUAAAGAUAAAGAAUGGAAGUUGCGUGCUUGGAUAGUGGUGGUAGUUGUUUUGGCUACUCUUUUGGUUCUAGUCCUCUUGGAAGGUGGAAUCUGGUGGUGCUGCUGUAGAAAUAGCCCAAAGUUUGGUGCAUUGUCAGCACAGUAUGCCCUGCUUGAGUAUGCCUCUGGUGCACCUGUUCAAUUCUCGUAUAAGGAUCUUCAACGGGCAGCGAAAGGGUUCAAGGACAAGCUAGGUGAAGGAGGGUUUGGUGCUGUUUAUAAAGGAGUUCUUGCUAAUAGAACUGUUGUUGCAGUGAAGCAACUCGAAGGAAUAGAGCAGGGUGAGAAACAAUUUAGAAUGGAAGUCGCAACUAUAAGUAGCACACACCAUUUAAAUCUGGUGAGAUUAAUAGGAUUUUGCUCAGAAGGGCGUCACAGGCUUUUGGUGUUCGAGUUUAUGAAAAAUGGGUCUCUCGAUCACUUCCUGUUUACAACAGAAGGACAGUCAAGUAAAUUGCUCAGUUGGGAGAAUAGGUUUAACAUUGCUCUUGGGACAGCAAAGGGGAUUACAUAUCUUCACGAAGAAUGUCGAGACUGCAUUGUCCACUGUGAUAUAAAACCAGAAAACAUCCUUUUGGAUGAGAAUUACAAUGCAAAAGUAUCAGAUUUUGGCCUGGCGAAACUUGUCAAUCCAAAGGACCACAGGUAUCGAACAUUGACGAGUGUGAGGGGGACCAGAGGAUACUUGGCCCCAGAAUGGCUUGCAAAUCUUCCAAUAACUUCUAAAUCUGAUAUAUACAGUUUUGGAAUGGUAUUGUUAGAGAUAGUGAGUGGGAGAAGGAACUUUUAUGUCUCCUCCGAAACAAAUCAGAAAAAGUUUUCUUUGUGGGCGUAUGAGGAGUUUGAGAAUGGUAAUGUUGAGGCAAUUGUGGACAGACGGCUUCUAGGGCAUGAGGUGGACAUGGAACAGGUGAGGAGAGUUAUUCAGAUAAGCUUUUGGUGCAUUCAAGAACAACCUUCUCAGAGGCCAAUGAUGGGAAAAGUGGUACAGAUGCUAGAAGGGAUUAUGGAAAUUGAAAAGCCGCCAGCUCCCAAGUCCAUGACUGAAGGAUCAAUCAGUGGUACUAGCAUUACUGCGAGCAGCAACAUUAGUGCUCUCUCCACUUUUGCAGCUUCAGCAGUGGCUCCCUCAUCAACAUCAUCACUCCAAACUGCAGGAGCUACAUCUUUUCCUUCAGGAAAGAAUGUGGAGAGAGUAUCUUCAUCACUUCUACGUGAAGAGGCGGAUUAAAUUCGGUGUCCUAAGUUUAAAAUAUGCAUAGGAGUACAAGGAAUUCAUUCCAGAAUGUGGAAACAAUCUCCUGAGGACUCUUGAACGUCCUUGUCAUCACCUGCCUACUCCUUAAGUCUCUACUAUCAUCAGGCUUACUGUAAUUAACUCUGUUGUGGACCGAGAUAUAAGUCGGAGUAAUAUGCAUGUGUAAUGUCACCAUCAAAGGCUACAUCAACAAGGAGUUGCCAUUAUUAAAAAGAUGACAAUAAGGUCCGAAAAUGAUGAGUAUCUAGUAUUUUCCAUUUUACAUUAAUUAAAUAAUGCUGAGAGGACUCGAAUGAAAAUUAUUUCUGAAUUAGAACAAACACAUUAUUCCUUACUGUUGUCUAGCACUAGUGCACUAGUUCGAGUGGAGUCUUCUGUUCUUCUAUUCGCUUGUUGAUGAUGUAAGUAGCUGUCAGACAGAUUUAAUCAGAUCGUAUUUUAUAGCGUUAAAUGUAAUUCCUUUUUGCUAUUCGAGCAUCAUCUUCUUUCAGAUUUAUCUGAAAUUUAUUAUUUCAUUUUACACAUACUGCUUUGAUCCACCAGUCAUCUGGGGUGUCCUUACAUAAUAUC